AUGGGCAACUCGUGCACCCGCAACAGCGAAUCCCAAGUCGUGUUGACCUCCAACGGCGUGAUCCUACAGAACCGACAGCCGACCCAAGAACGCGGUCGCUGGUCCGCCCCUAACGUCGAGAGCGUCGACCUCGACACGCUCCUCGAAGCGCCGUCGCCGUCCAAGAAGAACGGGACCCACCACCGUCGACGCAAAAAACGCCAAUCGCUCUCGGAGCGGUUCCAUGCCCCGCGUCACCACGUUGCCGCUGCUGGUCGCCCCCCUCGAGCUCCUUCACUCGACGAGCCAAAUCCGUUGAACAGGUCGCGAGCGCAUCGCAGUCACACGGACGCGCGUCCCGUCGCGAUGCUCCGAGAGGAAGUGGCUCCUGUGUACCACUCGUACGAGGACCCGGGGUACCUCGGAGGGGGUGACCCGAUCGAGCUGCAGCCGUUUGAUGCCGACUGCAUCCUGGGGAGUCCUAUUAACUCGCCGUCUGUGAUCCACGCGCGGUGGGGGGAACCCGUGGACGACCCGGACGAGGAAAACCUGUGUACCGACUUCACGCCGAACCCGUUCAAACUCGGCUUUUGUAUCAAUUGUAUGAAGCAGCAUGACGUCAAGGAGGACGGGGAAGUGGCGUUGAGGAAAGAGUAUAAGCGCAUUGCGCGCCCGACGAUCUCGAGGACAGCAGCCAACGCGCUAGAGCAGCCAAGUGCCAUUCCUAUUGCGAGGAGCUCAAUCACGAUGAUGUCGGAAGGUCGCGAGAGUGACAUUGACUUGGCCCAGCUGUUGGCUCAGAGGAGAGACGUGUUGAUGCGGCUGGAUAAGCUUGGCAAGCAAAAGACGAAACUCCAGAGUCAACAGCAUAAAGGACAGAGCGCGCUCGGACGCCGGACGGAUCGUCACACAACUAUUAAUUUCGGCGACAACCCACGCAGCUCUUUGCGACGGAUGGGCUCCCGGCCACCCAAAUCGGGUCCCAUUGUUACGUACAGUACGUCCAUCAACUUGGCACCGCAGCCGGCCUCUGCACGUGCGUUCGGUGUGUCCAAGAGCGUGAAUAUGGUCUCACGUCUAUAUGACGACGAAGAGCCCGCGCAAAACGUAUGGCUAUAG